GACUUUUUUUCGGAUUAAUAAAAAUCCAUAAUUGUCCUCCAACUUAAGAAUUUUAACUCCGACGGUGAUUACAAGUUUGUCAUUGUGAUAAAUAUAAAAUAUUUUUCUAGAAGAUAAAUAAAGUCAGCCCAAAUUAGAUGACGACUAUUAACUUGGACAAUGAAUGGCUAUACUCUAUCAACACCCGGUCGACUCCUACUCUAUUAAGGUUUGGUUAAACUCAAACACAUUAGAAAAAAUUUCUUUCAAACACAAAAAAAAAAACAAAAAAAGGAAAAACGUGUUCCCUGACAUCAUAAGUCGUAUAGAGUCUAAAUUCACGAUUCUUCUUUUGGGCAUCUAUCUUGUUCUUCAAGCUACAAGCAACUUAUAAAUAAUAAAUUCAAGCUUCCUUUCCAAUAAACACACCAAUUUCAUACGUUUUAACUUUCGAUUUUCAACAUAAUUUUCUUAUUCUGUAAAACAAACAAGGGGGUUGAGAUGGGAGGAGGAACAGAAGGUUUUCCAGAUUUAGGACGACAUUGUCAAUACACGGAUUGUCAUCAGCUUGAUUUUCUCCCCUUCGGCUGCAAUCGUUGCCAAAAGGUUUUCUGCGUAGAACACAGAACAUACAAGUCACAUGAUUGCCCGAAAUCGGACGACAAAAGCAGGAAGGUGAUUGUGUGUGAAAUAUGCUCAAAAUCAAUGGAAACCACGGGUCUAUCUUGUGAAGAGGAAGCAGCUAUGAAGGAAAAACACGAAAAGUCAAAAGAAUGUGACCCUUCAAAGAAGAAGAAGCCGCGAUGUCCAGUUAAACGUUGCAGGGAGAAUUUGACCUUCUCUAAUGCAACAGUUUGUAAAUGCUGCAACCUUAAGGUUUGCCUCAAGCAUAGGCUCCCUGCAGAUCAUGCCUGCAGGAGAGGGAAUUCGUCCGUUGCAGCGCUUUCUGAUAAUGGUAGCUCAGGAAACAAGUUUUUGGCUGCUUUUGCUGCAAGAAACGGAAAAGAUUGUGCUAAUAAUAAUCGUGGGCAGCUUUCCUCUACAAGCAAUUCGCGCUCGGUUGAAGCUUGUUGAUGUAAUUUUUAAAUGAUUUAAUGGGAUUGCUUUGUUACAGUUAACAAAUAUGUUUUUUCUAUUUGGUAGUCUGUAAUUGAUUACUUACAGGGAAGUAGUGCCUAAUUUUCCAUGUGAAUUCCCAUGCCCCAAUUUGUAUGUACCACAAGUAAACAACUUGGUAUUUUUUAUGCCAAUGGAUUAUAUAAUAUACGAGUAGCAAGUAGUAGACGAUAAGAUUUGUUGCUAAUAUGAACAGAUCCAUACGAAUGACAUAUAUGCAAAAAGUUGGGAUCGAAGAUUGGAUUCAAUUUCUGUUUAUGUCAUCUGUUCUAAUUCUUCUUUUGGUUACAACCCCUUAAACCUAACAAGGAUAGAAGCUACCAUAUUCAGAGGAAAGAGAGAGGGAGCACUACCUGGUAAAUUUCAAAGGAUGUGAAUUAU